GAGAGAAUGACACAUCUCACACCCCUCCACACUGAUACAACACACAAUCCCUCCCCCACACCUCAUGUCCCUGUGACUGUACACUCCCUUAGAUGAACAAGACAGCACCUUUUCGUGCGCGCUACCCUGAAACUGGAGAUGCCAGGCUACCUGUAAAGGGUUGGCUUUCAACUCUUCCCCUCUUUAUUCUUAUUCUUUUAAACGCAAAGCAGGCAGAUACAAGGCAACAGGACAUUACCAUACAAUGCUGUUGUGUUUUUGUUAUACGUAAUACUGUAGAGUGAAGCCAGGUACUUAUAGUCACGGAAGGUUGAAGGAGAUGAAAGACUUUGUACCUGUACAGCUGGAUGAGUGUAUUUUUUUUCUCCUCCCAAUUCCUCACAAACUCUCAAGGCUUUACUGUGAGGGUUGGGAAACUGUCCUGUGAUCUUCCAAAUCUGAGGAGAACACACCAAUAGGUUGUUAUUUACGGUUUACGGAAAUUAACUCUUUUUCGCGUUGUGAGGAAGCACUCUAGCUGGUGAUCAGGUGUCCGGGUAGACCCCCCGACUUUGAGUGCUAUGCGUGUUCAGGACUGCAUGUGCAGGCGUCGGAGGCUGGGUGCCUGUGUGCUGCUCUCGCUGCUGGGCUGCCUACUCCUUCUGUCCAUCACUGUCCUGCUGCAGUAUGGAGAUGUCAAAGUAACAAGAAGAUCCACACCCACUAACCACACCACAAGAAGGCCCAUGCACUCUCAAGUGCGCCUGGUGAAUGGGCAGAACCGGUGUGAGGGUCGCGUGGAGAUCCACUACAACGACACGUGGGGUACGGUCUGCGACGACGACUGGGACAUGGUGGACGCCAACGUGGUGUGCCGCCAACUUGAGUGCGGGCUGGCGGUGGCCGUGGGCAGCAGCUCCCGGUUCGGCCAGGGCACCGGACCCAUCCUCCUGGACAACGUGGACUGCAAGGGGGGCGAGCCAGACCUGGCUCAGUGCGGCAGCCUGGGCUGGGGAAUCCACAACUGCUACCACUACGAAGACGUGGCCAUCACCUGCAAAGGCAUGGUUGGGCCAGGGUCUCGAGGAGCCCUCGUGGAUGCAACCACCCCGUCACGCCGCAAGUCUGGCUUACGAGAUGGUACCAUCCGUCUUGUCGGAGGAGCGAACAACUGCGAGGGAAGGGUGGAGAUCUAUUACCAAGGCAACUGGGGAACGGUCUGUGAUGACGACUGGGGCAUAAAAGAUGCCGGCGUGGUGUGUCAGCAGAUCGGAUGCGGCCAAGGAGUCGCCGCUCACACUAAUGCCUACUUUGGUUACGGGACCGGGCUGAUUCUGCUGGACAAUAUAAACUGCAAUGGCUAUGAGAGCCACCUUGAUACCUGCUACAGCCUGGGCUGGGGCAUCCAUAACUGUGGCCAUCACGAGGAUGCUGGAGUCAUAUGCUCAGGAUCGGAGUCCACUACCCCUGUGCCAUCUGUGAACACCGACAGAUCAUUCCCUCUUAAUGGGUCAACUCCAGUCACAGAUACAGACACAGAGUUAGCAUCCACAGCAACACCACCUACUACCACUACUACUACCACUACUACUGUAAGCACCACAACUAAACCUAAGCCUACCAUCCGUGUGGUGAAUGGUAACAGUAGUUGCAAGGGCCGCGUGGAGGUGUUCCACAACAACCUGUGGGGGACGGUGUGCGAUGACGAAUGGGACAUGGACAACGCCCGGGUGGUGUGCCGACAGCUGGGCUGCGGGCCGCCCAUCGCGGCCAAGCAGCUGGCCUACUUUGGCUACGGCUCGGGCCCCAUCAUGCUGGACAACGUGGACUGCAUCGGCAACGAGCGCCAGCUCAUCGAUUGCUUCAACCUGGGCUGGCUCCAACACAACUGUGGCCACCACGAGGACGCUGGAGUCAUCUGCUCACCCUUCACUGAGUUUCUGGGGAUAGGGAGAGACUUCGGCAUGACUGUGAAGAUGCCCACGGCUACAGGGCCUGCCAGGAUGCCCACGGCCUCGACUCCACAGGGUCUCGUAAGGCUUUCCCACGGCCAGCACCAGUGUGAGGGCCGUGUGGAGCUGUUCUCACAGGGGGCGUGGGGCACGGUGUGCGACGACGCGUGGGACCUCCCGGACGCCCAGGUGGUGUGCAGGCAGGUGGGCUGCGGCGAGGCCACGGUGGCCAGGGGCCAGUCCUACUUCGGGCCGGGCGCCGGCCUCAUCGUCAUGGACAAUCUCAAGUGCACGGGGACGGAGGCCACCCUCAACGAAUGCUCCCACAUAGCGUGGAACGUCCACAAUUGCGACCACUCGGAGGACGCAGGCGUCACCUGCUCGCUGUCGUGAUUGCGCCCCGCGGGGGCCACAGUCUCUGUCACUAUUGCCAUAGCAACGAGCGGGUGAGGGGGGGGGG